UCCUGCUGCUUCGUUUUUCUUUUCUUCGUAGCCUUGGGUACCAGAUGAAUGCCUGCCUACCCGUAUCUCGCUAGUGGCUAGCAUCACUUUUUAUGAGACAAUCUGAACCGAUAUCACCAAUAGAAGCGGCUACUUAUCAGGCAUGUGAACCGAUAGCGACGUCGCGUGGAAUCCUCUAUCUCUGAGAUUCUUGUUUCUGGACAAUGGCGUUGUUUUUCAGUCACUGGAAAGCAUGUCGUGUAAAACAAGAGGAACGCAAGAAGCGAAUCAAAGACUUGGACCCCAUUUAUCAUGAGCCUUUGAGCAAAUACGAUGUCGAGAUACUCCGCCGACCGAUAGCGGAUUUGAUUGCGAGUGUGCAAAGUGGAGCAUGCGACCCGUCCGAUAUCCUGGUGGCAUACAGCAAGCAAGCGCUAAAAGCUCAUGCUACCACCAAUUGUCUCUCUGAGAUCAUGAUUGCUUCGGCGGCAACUUGGGCGAAGCAAUGUAACAGAAAAGGACCGCUAGCCGGAGUUCUGGUCAGCCUGAAAGAUUUGGUAGGCGUCAAAGGAUGGGAUUCGACUAUCGGUUACUCUGCAUGGGUUGGGCAUCCCAUUAAGGAAGAUGCCCCACUCAUUCGGCUUCUCCGAGACGCGGGUGCCGUUCCAUUCGUCAAGACAACGAUCCCCAUCACCCUACUCUCAUUCGAAUCGUCAUCGGAUCUGUUUGGUCGCACGACUAACCCACAUAACCCUGCUUAUUCUCCUGGUGGAUCAUCUGGUGGCGAGGCAGCUCUACUUGCAUAUGGCGGGUCGCGAAUAGGAAUCGGAACAGACGUCGCAGGUUCUGUACGCACUCCUUCCCAUUAUUCUGGCGUCUACACCAUCCGAUCUUCGACUACUCGAUUCCCGAAGGUGGGAGGGGCCACGAGCAUACCCGGCCAAGAGGGCGUAGCAGCAGUAUGCUCUCCCAUGGCGCGCACUCUUGCAGACCUCGAAACCUUCUGGAAAGCUGUUGUUAGCCAGAAGCCUUGGGACUAUGACUAUACUUGCAUGAACCUCCCGUGGAGAGACGUCGAUCUCAGCAAGAAGAACUUGAAGUGGGGAGUGAUGUGGGACGACGGUGUUGUGUUGCCUUCUCCCGCGUGUAAGCGAGCGUUACACUCUGUUGUGGAGACGCUCCAGAAUCACGGACAUGAAGUAUUUAUGGUGCCCGCUCCAAGCCCGUACGAAGGAUUGAAGAUUGCCUCUCAACUUCUCCUUGCUGACGGAGGCAAGACGGUCAUGCAACCGUUCCAGCUGGGUGAAACCAAUGAUCCAGGCGUCAGACAAGCUAGGAUCAUGUUUGCUCUACCUCACUGGAUACGGCGGUUGUAUGUGUGGUAUCUCCGUUACCUACGUGGUGAUGAGGUAUAUGCGGGGCUAGUGGAGGGAUGCUACGAGAAGAAUAUUACAGAGUACUGGCCUUUGGUUGCACAACGUGAGGCUUAUCGCCGGCAAUGGUUUGAUAUGUGGAACGAGUAUGAUUUGGAUUUUCUGUUGACUGUUCCGAAUGCACUCCCGGCUGUCCCGCACGGGGGCAUGAAAGAGGGAUUCAAGUCUUGCGGUUAUACGUUUUUAUUCAAUUUGCUGGAUUACAGCGCGGGUGUUCUUCCGGUGACCCAUGUCAAUGCGAAAUUAGAUGUGCUGAAAGGAUUCAAAGCGCGGAACGCUGUUGAAGCUGGUGCUUAUCAGGACUACGAUUCUGUCGAGAUGGAUGGGCUACCCGUCGGUGUUCAAGUAGUGGGAAAGAGAUUUGAGGAAGAGAAGGUCAUGGAAGGGAUGAAGCUGAUUGAGAUACUCUUGAAGGAAGAUGGCAAAGUAUACAACUUGCUUAACACGUAAAGUAUUCUAUUUGAUGAGGUGCUGGGGAGCUUUCCGUAAGUCUGAAUGAGCCUACAUAUUGCGUUUCAUGGUUAUUAAUGAUAGGAGAAAAUAAGCAACAAGUUGUCG